AUGGCGUGCCGAGGGCGGCCGGGAAGGGGGGGCGGCCGGGAUCGGGGCCGGGGACGUUACCCCUGGAUCCCUAAACAACUCAACGAAACCGCCGUCGACACCCUGGUGACCUACCGCAACACCCACGACAACCAGCUCGUCGCACCACCCGAAGAGCUCGAUUUCAACCGGGCCGGCGUGCCUGAGCAUGCUGCAUGGCUUUUGCGGGUCCGGUCCUGCUAUCGCCGCGCCGCCCUAGCCUCCAUUUUCUACAACCAAGCCAAGCGUUUGGGCAUCGACGUUACUUUUGGAGUUCACAUUGUGGACUACGAAGAAGACGAGGCCCAAGGAACGGGGUCUGCGAUUGCGGAAGAUGGUGCCCGUUACACCGCCGACAUAGUUGUGGCGGCGGAUGGCCUGGGCUCCAAAUCCUACAACCUCAUCCUGGGGGAGCCGCUGCGAGCGUCCCUCACCGGCUUUGUUGCUUGCCGUGUCAUGUACCAGGUUGAGGACCUUGUGGACCCCUUUACUCAAACCCGAGGUGGACGCACUGGAGCGCAAUGA